AUGUUACCUCGAUCGUUAGCAAGGUUACAAUCGCCGGCUUUGAGGAGAUCAACCGCAUCAUUGCGAGCCGGACCUUCGACAGCAACAGUAUGGAGUCGUUCUAUGGCAAAAAACAACAAGCCAAAUCAAUGGCAAAAUAAAGCGCAGGGCCAAUCUUCAAAAUCAACUCCUUCCCAAUCACAACGACCAGCAGGCGCAACUGCGGCCUUCACAUCACCACCACAGAAUUCUCAGAGCAGCAAUACCUCUGGGAAGCCAGAUUUCUCCAAGAAGCAGGACGAGGUUGACAAAGGUGCUACACCGGAGAGGAAUACAGAGCCAUCAGAGGCACCAGGUCCUGGCAUUCCUAACCCAUCAGCAAGAAAGGGAGAAGACCCAGCCUUCUCUGGAAAGCAGGACGAAUUUGAUACCGAUGCAUCACCAUCCCAAAAUACCGCACCUCAGUCUACAUCCCCUUCUGCCAUUGAUCCAGCAGAGGCGCAAGCACCUAAAUACCCAUUACCAGAUCUCACCCAGGGUAUUCCUUCAACCUUGGAAUAUGAAACGAUAGGAAGCGAUGGUAGAAAGGGUUUAAAUUUGACCGAAGCCGCGGAAGAGGGAGACGGGGCAGGUUCUGGUCGUAGAGGAAAGGGAGAGCUUCCAGCAUCUGCCUAUAUUUCUUCUUCUGAAAAGAAGAGGUUACGUGUGGCCAACUAUUUGUAUGCCACAUUUGCUGCCGCUGUAGUAGGAGGGACAGUAUACUUGGGGCGAAACUGGGAAACAGAAGAGGAAGAGGUUAGACAUGCCACAGAUGCUCCAUCAGGUUGGGCAUUUGGUUUGUUCUUCAAUCGUGCGAAAGCGCGAGUUAUGGACAAGAGGAAUUAUUUCAAUGAGCCAGCUUUUCCAAAACUUCUACCAGACGUCGAUCCUAUCUUCGAACGCCCUUAUACGCUUGUCAUAAGUAUGGAGGAUUUGUUGAUCCACAGUGAGUGGACGAGAGAACACGGGUGGAGGAUGGCAAAGAGACCUGGAGUGGAUUACUUUCUGCGGUAUUUGAGCCAGUACUACGAGCUGGUCAUUUUUACAAGUCAACCUUUUGCCAUGGCAGAACCAAUCAUUCGAAAAUUAGAUCCAUAUCGAAUCGCAGUUUGGCAGUUGUUUCGAGAGGCAACACUCUAUGAAAACGGAGAAUACGUCAAGGACAUCAGCUACCUCAACCGCGACCCCUCCAAAGUAAUCAUGAUCGACACCAACCCAGCCCACGUCAGCCACCAACCCGAAAACGCCAUCAUCCUCAAAAAAUGGGAAGGCCAAGUCGGCGACAAAGACCUCGUCGGCCUCAUCCCCUUCCUCGAAUACAUCCACACCAUGGCCUACACGGACGUCCGCAAAGCCAUCAAAUCCUUCGAAGGCACCCACAUCCCCACCGAAUUCGCCAAACGCGAAGCCAUCGCGCGCGCCAAAUUCCAAGAAGAAGUCGCGGCCGAAAACAAAAAACGGCCAAAGGUCUCCGGCGGAGGCUUCCUGGCUAAUGCGCUGGGUAUCAAGCCGCAGGGUAUGAUGGUCACGGAUCCGACGGAGUUGACGGCCGCGGAAGCGUUUGCGCAGGGUAAGAUGCUGCAGGAUGUUGCGCGCGAGAGGGGACAGCGCAAUUUCGAGGCGUUGGAUAGGGAGAUCCGCGAGAAUGGCGAGAAGUGGUUGAAGGAGGAGGCGGCGAUGGAGGAGAAGAAUAAGGAGGAGGCCAUGAAGCAGAUGAAGAGUGGGUUUAUGGGGGUUUUUGGGGGGGAGAAGGGGGGGAGUAAGUAA